UUGAGAAACUAAAAAAAAUGGUGAACAUGGAAGAAAAAGGGAAAGACGAGAAUAUCGGAACAGAAGAAAAGGUCACACACGUCGAGAGAGGAAAACAGAAAGAAACAAGGGAAAUCAAGAAAGAAGAUAACUUCUCGAAGGAAGAAAAGAAAGAUGCAAACAAGAAGACUGAAGUAAAAGAGGGAAAUGAGGGUCAGACGAUAAAAGACAUAGAUUUAGAGACGCUAGAAGGAAAAAGAUGGCUGAAUGAUGAAGUAAUCAACAGAUAUUUGGAAUUAAUCGUAAAGAAAAAUAAGAAAACGUACGCUUUUGGGACAUUUUUCUUCUCGAGACUAUUAUCGGGGGGUUUUACGGCGGUCCAACGCUGGACAAGGAAAUUCAAUAUUUUUAAUUUCGACCUGGUUGUCAUUCCUCUUCAUCUAGGAGCCCACUGGUGUCUUGUCACUAUUGAUUUAAAAAAUACAACAAUAAACUAUUUCGAUAGUUUGAUGGGUGACAAUCCAGAAUAUCCAACAAUCAUUUUGGAGUAUUUGAUUAGGGAAGCUGCUAGCAAGAAGCAGACCUCAUUCAAUCUAAAUCAAUGGUCAAUUAAAAUAAAGAAGGAUAUUCCCAGACAAUCAAACAAUUAUGAUUGUGGGGUAUUUGUUUGCUGUUUUGCCGAAUACGAGGCCGCGGGGCGUAAAAUCGAUUUUUGCCAAGCAGACAUGGCUGCUAAACGCCAACAAAUAAAAAAUUGCUUAAAAAACGGAAAAAUAGAAUAAGGAUUUCGGACUAUUUUCUUUAACAAAUUUAUUUAUUUUUUAUUACAAGGAGUA